AUAAAACUGAAACGAACUUGAAAUUACGAUUGUUUGACGCGUGUGACCUGUCGACUAGCUGCACAAGUAAAAGUCUGAACUGAAAUCGUCUUUACAAUGACCAGCUGGACCCGGAUGGCGCUAUCGACAGUGCUACUCGCAGUAUUUUUGGUAAAUGUGGUCAGUGCCUGCGAGGACAGUUCAUGCUGCAGCAGUGCCAGCUGUGAGAGCUGUAGAUCCUCGUGUACCAACAGCUGCAACAUAGGUUGCGCUACUGGAAAUAACUGUUGCAGUAGUUGUAGAGCCAGGUGCUGCCAGCAGUGUUCCUCUACCGUUACGGUGCCAUCGUCGCCUACCCCAGACCGUAUAAUAAUAACACCGGCUCCCUCGCCUUACGUCGUUCCCGAAUCCUCAACGUCUAUCAACUCCACAAACGUAAAUAAUAACAACUUCACCGUGCCGGUGGAAGUACGGAUAGAAAACGUAAUCAGCAACCAUAAUAACAUAUCCGUUCCGAUUAACAUCACUGUGCAAACUUCCAAUCAAGUCCACAUCCAGUCUGAAUCAUCGGGGGUUGUACCGUCACCGUCUCCAACUCCACCGGUUCCAGUACCUGUUCCGACCUGUCAAAAUACCACCAAUUUCGUACCCGUACGCGUACCAUACCCUUAUCCGGUACAGUAUUAUCCUCGACCUACGACAGGUUGCUGUCACGUGGUACAACCGUGCGUACCACAAGGGUGUCAGUGGCAUACCACCCAAUGCGGUUCCUCUUGUCGCAGUCCUGUGAUGUUUCAACCCAGCAACCCCUGUCAGACAGGGUGUCAGCGAAUGGAUAGUUCUUACCAGACGUGGUGCUUUGGCAGGGACCACUGCCGCAAGAUUCCCGUUGAUUGUUCUCACUGUCCAAAUGAAUUCUACAACGACUAUUCCACCUUCGCCAGCUGUGGAGGCUGUUUUAGGCAAAAUUUCGGAUCCGACCUUCUCGGCCGACUGAGUUGGCCUUGGGCGUUUGGGGGCGGAGGUUCCAUGGCGCAAGCGCAGCCGUACGCUGAUCAAGGCGGCUUCGUUUAACGGAGAAAUGCGGCUUUUCGCGGUACUGUCAAUUUAGUUCAGUUAGUUUUGUUAUAAAGGUUUUAAAAAUGUACAUCUC